UCGGCCUCUUUCCCAGCCGCAGUGGGAAUGGAAACAUCUGUACCACGUGCAGGCAACCAAGCGUCGGGAUCUCGGCUCUCCACCUCCCACCGCUACGAACCCCAACGCUCCUCCUCGCGAGAUGAGCUCGAAGACAUGGCCGCCUCGAACCAAGCAAAAUUUGAUGGGAAUUUUGACACCCUUGACCUUGCUGAAUUUGCUAAGAAGCAGCCGUGGUGGCGGAAGCUGUUUGGACAGGACUCGGGGCCCUCUGCCGAGAAGUACAGUGUGGCCACCCAACUCCUGAUAGGCGGGGUCACUGGCUGGUGCACAGGUUUCAUCUUCCAGAAAGUUGGAAAAUUGGCAGCAACAGCAGUGGGUGGUGGAUUUUUCCUAUUACAGAUCGCAAACCAUACUGGUUACAUCAAGGUAGACUGGCAGCGAGUUGAGAAAGAUAUGAAGAAAGCCAAGGAGCAGCUGAAAAUCCGAAGGAGCAACCAGCUCCCUACAGAGGUGAAGAGCAAAGCCGAGGAGGUCGUGUCAUUUGUGAAGAAGAACGUACUUGUGACUGGAGGCUUUUUUGGAGGCUUUCUUCUUGGCAUGGCAUCCUAAGGAGGAAGGCUUUGAUGACUACACUUUACAUUUCUUACCCAUGUCCUUCCUCAGGCUCUACUGGGCCAAUCUCAUAAUUAGUACCUGCACUAUGGGAGCAGCCUAACCCAUGUGGCCAUAAUCCAAGCUUUAGGAUGUUUGAAGAAAAUAGAUGAUCUCGCCUCAUUUGUCUCCUCGCUGUCCUUGUAGCUCUUUUGAGGGCCUGCUUUGUAACUAAUUAGCUGUUUUCUAGGCCGUAAGAUCAAGUUUCCUUUCCCUCCCUGUAAGACAGCUAAAUGGGGAGAGAUGCAUUCUCAAACUCUUUAGCUGACAUCAAACCUGCCAGGGACUCUUCCUGCUGGUCCCUACCUGCUGUCAAUGUGUUCUGCCUUGUGGAGAUGAAUACAUUUGCCCAUUGAUCAUUAAAAGCUCUGACAGUU